AUGGGCAACUGUCUACCGACCACGCAUCGUUUCUUCCCACUUACUCGACGUAGGCGGGUCAGAAAAGAAGAGACUACAAAUAACACACGUGAUGAAGAGAUAGAGGAAGUGACUACGAAUGAGAAUCCAAUGGAGGAGGAGGUAGAAGCGGAGAUUGAGGGUAGGGAAGACACCGACACCGGUAGCGAUAGCGAAUGCUCCUCUAGCUUGAGGGAAUUCCUUAUGCUCGAAAGGCUGUGUGAAGAGUAUGAAGACUUGGAAGAGAUAAAGAGUAGAAUAGAACAGGAAAACGCGAGUGAGAAGGCAAAACAGAAGGCUAUGCAGAAGAAAGUAGAAUAUGAGAUUGAGAGUAGAGAAUAUGAAUAUGAACACGAAUAUGAAGAUAUCGAGUGCUCAUCUAGUUUAAGGGAAUUUCUGAUGCUUGAAAGACUCUGUGAGGAGUAUGAAGAGGCGAAACAGAGGAGGAGAGAGAGAAGAGACCAAGAGAAGUUAGAGAGGCAAUUUAGGAGGUUUCGAGGCGACCAGUUGAGCACAAUAGAAGAAGAAGAAGAAGAAGAAGAAGANCAAUGUUUUCUAGUCAUCAUUAGAGAUAUAUAUUCCUGCUAUAUCCUUGUGCUCCUCUAG